AUGAUGGAAUGUGAAGAAGAUAAGUCCAAGGAUACGGGCAUGAACAAUGCUAUUACACGUGAAGACGAUCCAUUAAACACGGCAGUCAAUAUAAAGGCAAUGAGUGAUGUUUCGCGCUGGAAUAUACCUCUCCCAGACAGUCUCCGUAUAGAAAUCAUCAAAAAAGGAAGCAAUUGUUUUCAAAAUAAAGAUGGACCUUUUGGCAUCGUAGUUAGACAAGGUCCAAAGACAAAAGGUGGUAUCCGAAACCUUUCAAAAGAAUGGUUUUAUAAGGAGAUGCCUAGUGGUGAAAAGAUUUUACGGUCAUGGAUGGUUUACUCCCCUCGCACUAACAACUUAUAUUGUUUUUGUUGUCGUAUGUUUGCUACAAGUAGCACAGAUGCGAUUACAUUCGUAUCUGGGUUUCAAAAAUGGUGGAAACUAAACCCUAAAGUGAUGGAACACGAAGUCACAACCGAGCAUCUAGAAAAUCUUGAAAAAUGGAAGACUUUAGAAACGAGAUUGAGGCUCCAUAAAACAAUUGACCAUGCCACCCUUCAGAUGAUGGAUGCUGAAAAAAAGAAAUGGAGAGGUCUUUUGGUUAGAUUAUUAGAUAUUACGCUAUUUUUAGCUAAACAAAACCUGGCAUUUCGCGGUCAUGAAGAAGGUGAUACUUCAAUGAACAAAGGCAACUUCCUUGAACUGGUCCAACUGCUAUCAAAAUAUGACGCAGUUUUAAAAGAACACCUCUUGAGCUUGGAACAUAGUCCGUUUCCGAAAGUAUCAUAUUUGUCGCCAGAGAUACAAAAUGAAUUUAUCAGUGUUCUUUCAAACCACGUGAAAUGUACACUUAUUGAGGAAAUCAAAUCGGCUAGAUAUUUUGGUAUGAUUUUUGACAGUACACCAGAUGUUUCACAUACAGAUCAAAUGUCUCAAGUAAUCCGUUUUGUGAAAAUUGAUAAUAGAAAAGUGGAAGUUAAAGAAGUAUUUUUAGGAUUCUUCCCUUUGAAAGGAAAAAAAGCUGCCGAUCUCAGUGAUGAGAUUCUUCAGAAGCUUGAAAGUGAUGGCUUAGACAUCAUGUUGUGUCGCUCUCAAGGCUACGAUAACGCAGCUACUAUGAGCGGUGUACACGGCGGAGUCCAAACUAUUAUCAAAUCAAAAAACAGAAAAGCUGUUUUUUUUUAG